UACACAGUGCACCUUAACCACUUCCUAUCCAGCCAAUGUACAUAAACAGCCAGACGGGAGCAGUGCAGGAGCCGGUGGCCAUUUAUAAAACAUCCUCCUGCAUUCCCUAUCUGUGCGCACUCCCUGGGAGCGCACGGCACCGCGAUCCAAUGCCCGCUGUGUCCGGAGAUCGCUGUACGGGACCUCUGUGUGAGGUCCUGAUCAUGUGAUCACUGAUUGGCCAAUCAAUGAUCACAUGAAUAGGUGUAACCAAGGUGUCACUUCUGACAUCAUUGCUUACUACGUG